AUGCUGCGUCGUCAAGCUCGUGAGCGCCGUGAUUAUCUCUAUCGGAGAGCGCUCUUGCUCCGCGACGCCUCUAUCGCCGAAAAGCGAGCUCAGCUCAAGGCUUCUUUGGCCUCUGGAAAACCCCUAGACCCGGCAAUUGCCAACGAUAAGGCCUUGCGAGAAGAUUUCAAAUACGAUGAAUCCAAGGGCGAGGAUGGUGAGGUGGAUAUCGACGACGAAUAUGCUUUGACAUCGGGCGUCAUUGACCCUCGCCCGCUUGUUACAACAUCACGCUCGCCCUCUGCUCGCCUCGGUGCCUUCGCUAAAGAGAUCCGACUUCUCCUUCCGACCGCUAUCCGUCUGAACCGUGGAAACCUUGUUCUUCCCGACCUGGUCUCGAGCGCAACCUCUGCAUCUCUGACCGAUAUGAUUCUUCUGCAUGAGCACCGUGGUACACCUACCGCCCUUACUGUUUCGCAUCUCCCUCAUGGUCCGACGGCCAGUUUCUCGCUACAUAACGUGGUCCUCCGUGCGGAUAUCCCAAAUUCUGCUCGUGGUACUGUUUCAGAGAGCUACCCUCACCUGGUCUUCGAGGGCUUCACUACCAAGCUGGGUGCCCGCGUUGUUCAGAUCUUGAAACACCUUUUCCCUCCCCGUGAGCCCGGAAAGGUCGGCAACCGCGUUGUCACCUUCGUGAACAAGGAGGAUAGCAUCGAGGUGCGACACCACGUCUUUGUCAAGACGGGAUAUCGUGACGUUGAGCUCGCCGAAGUCGGGCCGCGCAUGACCAUGCGACUCUUCGAGAUCCGGGGUGGUACCCUUGAGAAGGGCUCGAGUGGCGACAUUGAAUGGGCUUUGACACAAUACACAAGAACCAGCAGGAAGAAGGACUACCUGUAA